AUGGGCUUUCGGUCUCGGGCCACGAACCCAGCGAGAGGAGCGAACCUCUGCGGGGCGAGGGAAAGGGCCAGGAAUGAAAUCGAAAUCGAAAUCGAAAUCGAAAUCGAAAUCGAAAUCGAAAUCGAAAUCGAAAUCGAAAUCGAAAUCGAAAUCGAAAUCGAAAUCGAAAUCGUCAUGAGCGGGCAUCAGGAUGAGGCGUGGAGCCAGAGCCCGGUGAAGCCAUCCCAGAAGGGUUCGGGCGAGAGAUGA